CUUCUCUUUCAUCUCUCCCUUUGCCUCGCCUGCCCCCUUCUCCCCUUCUCUCCUUCCUCUCUCCCGUCUUCUCUCUCUCUCUCAUCGCCUCUCCGCUUCCGAUAAAGCCCACAAGAAAAUUAAGCGUGACCCCCCAUCGGUGCACGCCGAUCCUCCCUUCCACCGGCUCACGAUAGCCGUCGCACCCCCACUUCCUCCCCUUCUGUAACCCCACUCUCCAAUCUGCGCCCUCUUCUUCUCCUAGGAAGCCUCGAAAGCCCUGAUUCCGGUCGCGGCGGAGACGGAUGGAACCCUGACGGGGGGUAAUCCGAUCGGGACCGAUAGGGACCAGCGCGGGAGGGAUGAGGAACCGCCGGGAUCGCGCCCUGGCUGAGCUCUACGACGCCACCGAGAGUCUCUCGCGACCGGAGAUCACGCCAAUACUGCAAGGAACUUGCCACAUUCAAGGUCCUGUUGAUGAGUAUGACUAUGAGCUUCAGGGGACAGAUACGAUCACACAAAUACUCCAAGGAGCUUGCCACAUCGAAGAUCCUGUUAACGAGUAUGAUCAUGAGCCUCAGACGACGAAUUUGGAACAAUUUCCAGUUGAAACUAAAUGCUUAAACAUACUCAAGGGUCCUCACACCAGUAGAGCAGAACCUGGGACAUGCAACGUGUGCUCUGCUCCUUGCUCUUCCUGUUUGCACUUUAAUCGACUUUCACCACUUAUGGAAUCAAAAAUUGAGGACGGACAAUCUGAUAAUAUUUCUUCCAGAAAAGAAGAUGAUAGUAGCUCUUGUAUUGCUGCUAGUGGUUAUGUUGUUAAGAGCAGAGUGCAUGAUAAGCUGAACAAUGCAUUUUCUGAAACUAGCCAUUUAUCUAGUUCAAGUUAUGAUUCAUCUAUCGAAAAUGCUGAGAGCAAAGAAUUAUCUAGAGCAUCAGAAGCACAUGAUGCAUCUGAUAAUGUUGUUGUAAAUUCAAAGGUUUCUUUAGAUGCCGCUGAAGAUAAUAAUUUUCUUCAUGAAGAAACUAGUUACACAACUGGUAAUCCUUUUGUACUAAAUGGCAGUACAACAUCUGAGUUGCAUCAGAGGAAAGCUUCAGCUAUUACUGUAGAAAAGAAUAGACAAGAGUGUCAUAUAGAAAAUAAUUCACAUAUUUCUGGAUUUAAAGAUGCCAAUAAUGCAAUUCAUGCUUGUCUUGGGGAACUGGGUGAGAAAGUCAUAGGAGGCAGCUCUGUGUCAGCCGAUAAUUUGCUUGUCAGAAAUGAUGAAAAGGCAAUUCAGAAAGAGGCUGCCCAACAAUGUAAUAAUAGUGAAAUUGAAGAGAAUCAGAAGUCUAGCGGAAAUGGAAAAUCCUCAGUGAAAAAUAGUAACACUUCUAGUUUUAGAGAUGAUGUCUUGUGUCAGAAGACUGACAACAUCGAAGACCCAUGCUCAAGUAGUAAUAUAUCUCUAAAAGCACAAUUUCCAUGCUCAGGUUCCUCAAAGAACAUAAGUCUUUCUCAGUGCUCCAUGGAUGAUGAAAAACCUCCAGUAGAGGGAAAACUAGUUGCAUGUAAUGUUGAUGGUAAAAAAGAUAUCACACUUGGAGUUACCAAAGAAGAUAGUGGAAAGAGUCAGCCUCAGUUAAUUUCUCUAAAAGAUUCUGAUGAAUGUCUGGGAGCUGAGAAUGGUGAUAACAGUAGGUUCCAGCUUCAUGUGGCAACAAAUAGCAGGGGUGCUAAUCAGCAAUCUGAUAAGCCUAUGUCAAACUCACAGUCAUCUCAGGUGCCAUCGGAGCCAAACUCAAUGUGUGAAGUUUCAACAGAAAUUGAAGAUGAUGUAAAAGUUUGUGAUAUCUGUGGAGAUGCAGGACAGGAAGAGUUGCUUGCUAUUUGUAGUAGGUGCAGUGAUGGUGCAGAGCAUACUUACUGUAUGCGAAUAAUGUUGGAUAAAGUUCCUGAAGGUGAGUGGCUAUGUGAAGAAUGCCAACUCAAGGAGGCUGAAAAUCAAAUGAUAGGAAAAUCUGAAGCACAAACUGAAGCAAUAGAAGCACCAUCUGUAUCUGAAUAUAAUCAGAUCACUGGGAGCACAUCAAAUAGUUUUCCUUGUGUAGAAAAUAAGGGAGACAAUGCAGACACUAGGACAGAUAAUAAAGAACUUGGAAACUCCAAUUCAUUUAAAAGGAAGGGGGAGAAUUUGGAGGUUACCUGUGUUACAAAAGAGAAAAUCUCCGAAGCAUGUGGUGCUUCCACUAAGACAACCAUUCCAAUGAAACCUACUCUGCACUCCCAUGAGAACUCCUCUAACAAACCUGAUUUUGUUAAGGUAAAACCAUCUGCCCUGAUAACAUCAUGUGGUCAGCCAGAAGUUAUCUCUCAACCUGUUCCUCGCUCACAAACUUCUUCGGUUCCUGAUUUGUCCAAGCCACAAGCACAUCUUGAACCAACAAGGGGGCCUCUAUCAAAGUCAGCUUCUUUUAACAACUCAAAAGUGCCAAAAGUGAAACAGUUGGUGGAGAAUAUUCCUCAAAAUAAAAAAAUGACCAGAGAAUUUAAUUCAAGCAGUAUAAGAAAAGAAGGCCCAUUGCGAACGAUUACAAAAUCGGCAUCAUUCAGAAGUGAGAGUUCAAGCUUCUCGAGUGUCAAGACAAUGAGCAAAGUGCAGUCACUUAACCCACCACAGCCUGAUGAUCCUAGAGGUGUGAAACAGCAGAAAGAAAGGAGUGCCGUAGAUCUUAAAGGUUCUAUACCUGGUUCCCGCUUUGUCAGUCCAUCAGCAUCUACCACCAGUAUUUCUCCUCUGAAGGUCGACUCAAAGGUUCAACAAAAUGAUCCCAGACUAAAAAGGACAUCUGAUUCCAGCAAUCUUGGCAACAAUAGAGGAUCAAAUGAUGCAGCUACUUUAGGUUCAUUAGCUAAUGAUGUGAAGAAGCAGCCAUCAUCAUCUUUGUCACAAACUUCUGCAUGUACAUCUUCAAUUAGAUCAUGUAAGAAUGAAGAUCAAAAGCCUUUUCAACUUGUACCCAAGGCUGCAGAACUGACACAUAGAGAUGAUAAAACCAAGGACCACACAUUUUCAAGCAAUUCUAGGCAGGCAGCCUCAGCCAGCAAUCGAUUACCUCGUUGCCAUAGGUGUAAUGAAACAGGUCAUUCAACACAGUUCUGUGCAGUUGACAAACUUCGCAUAUCUGCCAUGAAGCCUUCUUCUGAACGAAGUUUAAGGGAUAUGGAUAACAGAAAUGUGAAGUCGAAAGAUGGCGCUGAGGUGUUGGGUUGGAAACUUGGAACAAAAAGGACUUCUAGAUCACCUGAUCAAUCUGAGGAAGUUUCUUUGUGCAGUGCCGAUGCAAAUUCUGAAUUAACAGCUAAAGAUUUUUCAUCAAGUUCUUUAAAUUUUAGAAACUUGCCAUCCCUGGAAGGUACAUCUGAUGUGCAAAAUUUUAGCAAAGCAACAAAUGGCAUUCAUGCACACCAGAAAGUAGAAAACCAUAAGAAAGCUAUGCUUAUUGCUGGAGAAGGGAUAGCUCUUGACAUUGGAGAUGACUUGAAUCUAAAGAAGCCCAUCAUACAAACCUUGUCCAAUGAAGCUUCCAUUCCAAUGCAUCCAUUAAGAGCUUCAGUAAUUCCGGAGCUCGACUACAUUUGGCAAGGUGCUUUUGAGGUGCUGAGAACUGCCGAGGCUCCUACACUUUUUGAUGGUUUUCAGGCCCACUUGUCUACUUAUGUCUCCCCUAAAGCACUUGAAGUGGCAUCUCAAUUUCCUUGCAAAAUCCAACUGGAGGAAAUACCUCGUCUAAGAUCCUGGCCUUUGCAGUUUCACAUAAACAGUCCUAAAGAUGAUAACAUUGCUCUUUUUUUCUUUGCUAAAGACAUUGAAAGUUACGGAAAAUACUAUUGGAAGUUGCUGGAAAAUAUGCUAAAAAAUGAUUUAGCCCUCAUAGGGAAUAUUGAUACUGUGGAACUUCUUAUAUUCCCAUCGAACAUGUUACCAGAGAAUUCCCAACGCUGGAACAAGUUAUUUUAUCUUUGGGGUGUAUUUAGAGGAAGAAAGAUAAAUAGCUUGGUGGACCUGCCUAGUCUGGAGAGAAAACCUUCUGUUUGCAAUUUGAACUCAAAAACUAUUAUCCAAGAUCUGCCAACCACUUUUGAUUCUGGACUUUGUUGCUCUCUUCAUGCAUCUGAUGAGGAUUCUAAGGAGCUAUCAGAAUCUGACAGAUCACCGAAGGAAAAGCCAUCUAAAUCUGGUGCCUGCACUGAUCCUGUGGUUAUUCCAUCAGGAAACAACAAUGGGAUACACAACACAGAGAAACCUCCUAUUGUCCAGAAGACCUUAUGUCAAGUUGUUGCUGAUGAUAAAGUGCUGAGAGAGAAGGCUUCAUGCUUGCUUUCUGAAAAUUGCUCGUUUAAGAACAUUAAUUUUCUUCCUAGUACUCCUAUUGCAUAUCCAGAGCCAAAGCUUCAGAUUCCUAGUGUCCCUGUUGCUUAUUCGGAGCCAAAGUUUCAGAUAGAUAUUGAACGGUUGCCUUCGGAAAUCGAAAAUGAUCUCACUAGCCCAGACAAUCUCGCUGGUGAUUCAGAUAGCAGAGAAGUUUUUGUACAUCAUGUUCCUGCUAAUAAUAAAAAAGUCAGUGAUUAUGAAGGCCCCACUUAUUCAGUUUCAUUAAAUUGUGGGCAAGGGAAUGACAGUAAAGUUCAGAAUUUCAAGCAGAAAGAGAACUUCAUUACAAGUGAAUCUAUUUUAAAUAAUCAAUUAUCAGAAAAUGUUGAGGUGGACCGGCUUAGCUGGAAACUAAAGCCUAAUCAGAAACGUGCACAACCCAUCUCAUUCGAAACAAUUAAAAAUUCUUCUGGUUGUAUGUUAAAACGCUCUUCUGAUGUAAUGCUUUGGAAAGAUGAAGCAAGCUGCACAUCUCUGACUGAUGAAAAGGUGCACAAAAAGAUGAGGCUUGAUAGUGGAGGGCAUCUCCCUUGUAUAUCCACGGGAGAAAAUCUAAGCAGUAGCAUAUCCUCAGAGAUGCAACCUUUACUGUCUUGCUUAACAAAUGAUAGCAUCUACUGUGAAAAUGUAUCUGAGAGCUUAAAAAAUUCUGAAAGACACUUCUUCCCAAUUGAUCCAGGUCCUCAAACAAGUACAAAGGCAGACAAUUUAGUAUAUGUCCUUUCAUCGGAUGAUGAAGAUUCACCUGAAUCUAAUGCCCCUGAUCUUGAACUCGGUCUGGGAAGAAAGAAGAGACCAAUAGAGCAGGAUAUCUUUCCUUUGUUAUCUCCAAAGGUUGGAGAAAAGAGUCAUCGAGAUAAGAUGCCUGCUUCUGCAGUGGAUUGUGAUGAUUUAAGAGCUUCGCUUUCACUCUCACUAGCUUUUCCUGCCUCUGAGAAGGCACAAACGGUCAAACCAAUUCCACAAGCAGAGCAGCUUUUGCCUGAUAAGCCCUGUAUUAAUACUUUGCUUCUUUUUGGCGGCUACAAAGAUUCAGAGCAUGGAUAGCUUGUGCUAGCACCAUGGUUGUGUAUAAGAGAAGUCUAACCAGGAUCAGGUAUAAAUUCUUAUUGCAGUACAGUCCUGUACCUGGGAAUCAAGAGGCAUGAUGAUAGCAUGAUGUACCUGGGAAUCAAGUGACAUUGGUCAUCCUUGAGCCAGCUGGCUCCAUUAGCUUUACUUGUACAUUGCUGACCGAAAUGUGGUUAGUUUACUGCUGCCCACUUCCCCUUCCUGAUGCUGAACAAUGAUUUGGAGCCUACCUGACAGCAUUGGACAAUUAUCGCAGGCCAUCAGGGUGCAGCAGAUAAACCUACGAGAUUGAAGUUAAGGCAAAUAUUGUCAUUGUAUCUCGUUUUUUAGUUCUUAGCUAGACUUUCAGAGUUAGGUUUCAAGUUCAGUUCAUACAUGCAGCUGAAGGUAAAUGCCAUCAUGCCCUGUAAUUAGUACAUAGUUUGAAAAACAAGGAGAGGUCAAGAAAAUAAGUCAGGGGAUUGAUGCAUCCACAGUCAUGCCGAAGUAGAAGUAUUUUACAUGCUGGUCUGAUCGGGAAGAUGAAUUUGGGUUCUCAAAGUAUGGUGUACAUGCUGGUCCGAAUUAGCUCUAGUUUUCUUUUUUCUUUUUUUUAACAAGAGGCAAGUGUUCUUUUUUUUUUUUUUUUCUGUUUUCUUCUUAAAUGUCCGAUAAGUGUCAGCACCAGAUUAAUGGUCCCGAAUAUGCAAAUAUAUACUGUUUGUUGCUUCUUAUUUUUGUUGG